AUGUUACGCUCCCUUCAUUGCGCUGUUACUUUGUCUAACAGGAGGUUGUACUCUCUCAUAUCUCAUCCAAAUGGAAAGAACAUAAUUAGAAAACUUCUACUUCAUCCUUCUUUCGAUCCAAUUCGUCGUCACCUGCCUGAAGAUAUAGCCACCGUUGACCCAUACUCUCUAUCACAAAAUGUUAUUGAAAGUUUAAACAAAUUGAGGAUUCCUAGAGAAGAUGCAGCCAUGGUGCACAACAUAAUGAUAGAAAACUUGAGUGAUCUUGACUACGGCGUUGCAACAAUUCACUCGAAUAACUUGCGUGACCUUGAUCUAAAACCGUCACUUGCCGCCAUCAAGAAAAUCAUCAAGAACAAUCCGGGAAGAGUACAGAGUUCUUGGGAACUUUUUACGCAGUAUAAGGCGUCAACGGAAAAUGUUCCUGAUGAAUUGAUGGAAGUGGUUUUAGAAAAAAUUAUCAAGUUUGACAAGGCUGAAGAAGUCGAUGGAAAAGAAAACCUGACUUGCCAAGACCUUGUUAGAUGCCUUUAUAUAAUUAACCACUUCUCUUCGAGUUAUGAUGUGUCUUCAAAUCUCAUAGAAUCUAUUCUAAUUUACACAAUAGACAAUGGAAUUCCCAAUGUUUUACCUUCCGUGCUCAAAUAUAAAAUACCGUUGAGCUUUUUUGAUAAGUAUGUCAAUGAAAUGACACCAUACCAAAUUUGGGAGCUUUAUAAUUUUUAUCCACUUGAUAAUAUAGUAGCCGAUUCAUUAGUGUUGCAUAAGUGUGUAACAGUUCUGGGCGAAAAUGAGAUGGUCCAACCAACGGAAGAACAAAAUGUAAUUAUUAACAAGUUGGAGGAAGAAGUAGAUCUUGUUAAAUCACAGUGUCACGAUAAUUGGAACUUCGAAUUUCCGAACGAGGAUGCUCGCAAAACUGAAACUGCAUUCAAAAAAUUGUUUUUAGAGAUCCAAAAAAAAGACAUAGACAAGAAAGAUUUCGAAUUAGCUCUCAAGCUACUGAGAAUAACUGGCGCCUUUAAAGGUAAAAUAUCUCUAUUUUUCGAGUUAUACCACGAAUACCUCUUAAAAUUUAAAAAUAAUGAGGACGACUUAAUGUUUGAAGCGUUUUUAACGCUCUGCUGCCAGGGCUAUAAAAGCGGUAAUGAAAAAAUGCUACAAUACGCUGAAGCUUUUGUUAGAGAAGACCUUGAUGGUAAACUUGAGAGUAAAAUCCAAAGCGUGUUAAUUGUUGCGAACGCAAAAACAAAUAUUGACCUAUCUCUCAAGAUUUACAAUUGUAAUAUAGCUAAGGCUAAACGAGAGAAAGAUAAUUGCACAGAUCUUGCAGACAGCGAUUUAUUGACUGAAUCCCUCAUUUUAGCUUUCUUAUCCAAAAAUGAUGCUGAUUUUGCCAGAGUCAUCUUUGAUGGCGCUCUAGGAGAAAAGCUGAUAUCAGGACCAACUGCUGCAAAGAGGAUAAAAAAUCUCUUGGCACAGUAUGGAGAAGCGUUAGAAACAAAAGAAAGCCAAAAAGUUAUGCAAUCUAAGAUAGAACAUUAUAUGGAAAGCAUAUGA